CUUGAUGUAAGAUUAUUCUCUAUGUUCCACGAAUCUCUCGGAGUCUCAAUUUUUAAUGUGUUUUAUCACCUUGUUGGAAAAGAACUGCCAACAUCUAUGGUACGGUAGGCCCUGCUGUUCAAUUACAUUAUACGAUGCUUUCUUUCAGGGUGUGACACUGGGUGGGACUGGGAAGGAAACUGAUGAUCGCCAUCCAAAAGUUGGUGACCUUGCACUACUUGGUGCAUGUGUAACUGUACUUGGGAAUAUAAAAAUAGGUGAAGGUGCAAUGGUUGCUGCCGGUUCAAUUGUAUUAAAACAUGUUCCUCCACAUAGUAUGGUAGCAGGUACACCGGCUCAAGUAAUUGGAUCCAUAGAUGAGCAAGAUCCAUCUUUGACAAUGAAUCAUGAUGCUACCAAAGAAUUUUUUAAACAUGCACUGUUGGUUCGAGAGAUGGAAGAUCGAAAUAAGCCAUUGGAUGAUGAAAACGACGACGGUGGGCGUUGAUGUCCACUGCCGCUUGCAAUUUGUUCAAUUCGGAGACUGG